CUUGUGACAACUACAAAUCUUUCCAAAACGACUGCGCAUCAAUCGCAGAAUACAACAUAUUCAGGCAACGGCUAUAUAUCGGAUUUAGUCGCGUCGGUGGCAAACUCAUGGUUAUUUAAGAGCCAAGCGCCCCAGGCUUUGUCGAGAACAUCGACGUUCUCUAUUAAUUACAACAUAAUAAUCUAGCCAUCAUGUCCGACGCAAAUCGAGAUGUGUCGCAGUACAAGUACUCGGCCAUGUCGAACCUGGUUCUCCAGGCCGACCGUCGAUUCGUUACAAGACGAACCGAUGAGGCUACUGGUGAUCCAGAGUCGCUGGCCGGUCGCUUGAGCAUUCGAGAUAUGGGUGCUCGAGUUGCACGCGACGACGCGCCGAAACCGAAGAAACAGCCUGGACUCCCCGACAUCGAGCGAGGCAGCCUCAGAGAAGGCGAAGAUAUUCUGGCACGAGAACAGCGCAGACGAAAAGCAGAGGCGCCUCAAUCGACAGGUGUCCUCGGCGCCAACGAUCUCUUGGUGGAAGGCAUCACAUACCGACCACGAACCGCAGCGACGCGAGCGACUUUCGAUCUCAUCAUCACCUUGGUAGCAAAAAAUCUCGGCGACGUACCCCACGAGGUCGUACGUAGCGCGGCGGAUGCUGUCCUGGAAUAUUUGAAGGAUGAUGAUUUGAAAGAUCUGGACAAGAAGAGGGAAAUCGACGACAUCUUGGGUGUAACACUAAAUCCCAAGGAAUUUAAUGAGUUGGUGAACCUCGGCAAGAAGAUCACAGAUUACGACGCCCAGGACGAUGAUGAAGAUGUCGCGAUGGGUGGCGCCGACGGUGAGGAUGCUGAAAUAGAUGAGCGCCAGGGUGUGGCAGUCGCCUUCGAUGAAGAUGAAGAGGAUGACGAGGAAGGCCUUGUUCAUGAAGUCCGUGACGAAUCUUCAGAGGACGAAGAGGAAGAGGAAGAGGAAGAGAAGGAACAGAGUGCUGAGGGCAAACAAGACGAGCAAGCCAAGCAUAGCAUACCAGCCCGAGACAUCGAUACAUUUUGGUUACAACGGCAAAUCGGCACACUAUACCCCGACGCUCAUGAGCAAAGCGACAAAACAAAGGAGGCUCUUAAGAUCCUGUCAGGAGAACCUGGUGAGGAUGGCGAGGAAAAGUCCUUACGUGAUGUUGAGAACGAUCUCAUGGAGUUGUUCGACUACGAGCACCACGAGUUGGUUCAGAAGCUUGUUGAGAACAGGGAGAAGGUUUUCUGGCUUACAAAAUUAGCACGAACACAGAGCCCCGAAGAGCGCGCUGACGUCGAGCGCGAAAUGGUCUCAGAGGGUCUCCAAUGGAUUCUCAACGAACUCAAGGGCAAAGACGCUGCUGAGGGCAAGAAGGGCAAGAUUGACAUCAAGAUGGACAUUGAUGUCCCAGCUUCCUUUACCGCUGAUGGACCCAAGGCUGAACGCGCUGAGGGCCAGCUUGUUGGUGGGCUUCAACCUCGAAAGCUCAUCAACCUCGACAACCUGGUCUUUGAUCAAGGAAACCACCUUAUGACAAACCCCAAGGUCAGGCUACCAGAAGGCUCAACCAAGAGGACAUUCAAGGGCUAUGAAGAAAUUCACAUCCCUACUCCUAAGAAGCGCAAUGAGCCCGGCGAUGUCUUGAUACCCAUUUCUGAUAUGCCAGAGUGGUCACGAAACCCUUUCAGUAAGAAUCAGUCCUUGAACAAGAUUCAGUCCAAGUGUUAUCCUUCAGCAUUUGAUGACGAUGGAAAUAUGCUUGUUUGUGCUCCUACUGGUAGUGGAAAGACCAAUGUUGGUAUGCUUGCUAUUCUCCGCGAGAUUGGAAAGCACCGCAACCCUGAGACCGGCGAUAUUGAUCUAGAUGCCUUUAAGAUUGUCUGUAUUGCCCCUUUGAAGGCUCUAGUUCAGGAACAGGUUGGCAAUCUGGGUGGCAGGCUUGAGCCUUAUGGUAUUCGGGUUUCAGAAUUGACUGGUGAUCGUCAACUUACCAAGCAACAAAUCGCCGAGACACAGAUCAUCGUCACAACCCCCGAAAAAUGGGAUGUUAUCACCAGAAAGUCCAAUGAUUUGACCUACACCAACCUCGUUCGCCUCAUCAUUAUCGACGAAAUCCAUCUUCUCCACGACGACCGUGGCCCUGUACUUGAAAGCAUUGUUAGCCGAACCAUCCGCAAGACUGAACAAACUGGCGAGCCAGUUCGAAUUAUUGGUCUUUCUGCCACCCUGCCCAACUACAAAGAUGUUGCGAGCUUCUUGCGAGUGGACACGAAGAAGGGUCUCUUCCAUUUUGACGGAUCUUUCCGACCCUGUCCUCUGCGACAGGAGUUCGUUGGUGUCACUGACCGUAAAGCCAUCAAGCAGCUGAAGACCAUGAACGACGUCUGUUACAACAAGGUGAUUGAGCAUGUGGGCACAAACCGUAACCAGAUGCUUAUCUUUGUGCAUUCCCGAAAAGAGACUGCCAAGACUGCUCGCUACAUCCGCGAUAAGGCUCUUGAGUCAGACACAAUCAACCAGAUCCUUCGUCACGAUGCUGGUAGUCGUGAGGUCCUCAACGAAGCGUCUUCACAGGCAACUGACCAAGAUCUCAAGGAUAUUCUGCCAUAUGGUUUCGGUAUCCACCAUGCUGGUAUGAGCCGAGCUGACAGGACAGAUGUCGAAAAUCUUUUUGCCCAUGGUGCUAUCCAGGUCCUGGUGUGUACUGCUACGCUGGCCUGGGGUGUGAACUUGCCUGCCCAUACAGUUGUUAUCAAGGGAACACAGGUUUACUCCCCCGAGAAGGGUAGCUGGGUCGAGCUCAGCCCUCAAGACGUUCUUCAGAUGCUUGGACGUGCGGGUCGACCCCAAUACGACACGUAUGGAGAAGGUAUCAUCAUCACGACGCAGAGUGAGAUGCAAUACUAUCUCUCACUUCUGAACCAGCAGCUCCCGAUUGAAAGUCAGUUCGUCAGUAAGCUGGUGGACAAUCUCAAUGCCGAAAUCGUCCUCGGCAACGUAAGGACUCGUGAUGAGGGUGUUGAGUGGUUGGGCUACACAUACCUCUUUGUCAGAAUGCUUCGCUCGCCUGGACUUUACCAAGUGGGUGCAGAGUACGAAGACGACGUGGCUCUGGAGCAGAAGCGAGUCGACUUGAUUCAUUCUGCCGCCAUGGUUCUGCGAAAGUCAAAUCUCAUCAAGUAUGAUGAAAAAACCGGAAAACUCCAGUCUACUGAACUUGGUCGUAUCGCUUCGCAUUACUACAUCACGUCCGGUUCUAUGGAGACCUACAACAACCUCAUCCAGCCUUCCAUCACUACAAUCGAGCUCUUCCGCGUCUUCGCCCUCAGUGCUGAAUUCAAGUAUAUUCCUGUUCGACAGGAUGAGAAGCUUGAGUUGGCUAAGCUGCUGGGCCGAGUCCCGAUUCCUGUCAAAGAGAGCAUUGAGGAGCCCCACGCCAAGAUAAAUGUCCUCUUGCAAGCGUACAUCUCGCGCCUCAAGCUCGAAGGCCUCGCGCUCAUGGCCGACAUGGUGUACGUUACACAAUCUGCUGGCCGUAUCUUGCGCGCUAUCUUUGAGAUCGCAAUGAAGAAGGGCUGGGCAUCCGUUGCGAAGACUGCUCUAGACCUCUGUAAGAUGGCUGAGAAGCGGAUGUGGCCAACAAUGUCACCUCUUCGACAAUUCCCCUCUUGUCCCCGGGAGGUUAUUCAGAAGGCUGAGAAAAUCGAUGUGUCUUGGAGCAGUUACUUUGAUCUGGAUCCUCCUCGCAUGGGCGAGCUUCUUGGCCUUCCUCGAGCCGGUCGUACUGUUUGUGGCUUGGUCAACAAGUUCCCACGAGUCGAAGUCCAGGCUCAGGUUCAACCGAUGACAAGAUCGAUGCUACGUGUCGAACUGAGCAUCACACCUAAUUUUGAGUGGGAUGAUGCUAUCCACGGUGCCGCAGAGAGCUUUUGGGUUCUUGUUGAGGACUGCGAUGGAGAGGACAUCCUUUACCACGACACUUUUUUGCUGCGCAAGGAAUACGCCGAAUCGGAGCAAAAUGAGCACAUUGUCGACUUCACUGUUCCUAUCACAGAUCCAAUGCCUCCGAACUACUUCGUUUCGGUUAUCUCUGACCGAUGGAUGCAUGCUGAGACCAGACUUCCUGUUCCUUUCCAUAAGUUGAUCUUGCCUGAGAAGUUCCCUCCUCAUACAGAACUUCUUGAGCUUCAGCCUCUCCCCGUUUCUGCUCUCAAGGUGUCAAGCUAUGUUGAUCUCUAUCCUGCAUGGAAACAGUUCAACAGAAUCCAAACACAGACUUUCAAUUCGCUGUACAAGACUGAUGCGAAUGUGUUUAUUGGAGCUCCCACAGGUAGCGGCAAGACGGUUUGUGCCGAGUUUGCUCUUCUAAGGCACUGGACAAAGGGCGAUGUUGGUCGUGCUGUGUAUAUUGCCCCCUUCCAAGAACUCGUUGACUCUCGCCUUCAAGAUUGGCAGAAGAGGCUCAACCAUCUGAAUGGCGGCAAAGAAAUAGUGAAGCUUACUGGUGAGACGGCAACAGAUCUCAAGCUUCUGGAAAAGGGCGACUUGAUCUUGGCAACCCCGACUCAGUGGGAUGUGCUAUCAAGACAAUGGAAGCGACGCAAGAACGUUCAGACAGUUGAGCUGUUUAUUGCUGACGAGCUCCAUCUCCUUGGUAGCUCUCAAGGUUAUGUGUACGAGACGAUCGUCUCUCGUAUGCAUUACAUCCGCACGCAGACAGAAUUACCCCUGCGAAUUGUCGCAUUGAGUGUAUCGCUGGCGAACGCUCGAGACAUUGGUGAAUGGAUUGAUGCAAAGAAGCACGACAUCUAUAACUUCAGUCCACAUGUUCGACCAGUCCCCCUUGAGCUUCACCUCCAGUCAUUCACAAAUACUCAUUUCCCUUCUCUCAUGCUAGCCAUGGCCAAGCCCACGUAUCUGGCCAUCACACAAAUGUCUCCUGACAAGCCUGCCAUGAUCUUUGUGCCCAGCCGCAAACAGACCCGUGCAACUGCCCGAGAUUUGUUGGCUGCAGCCUUUGCUGACGAUGAUGAGGACCGUUUCCUCCACGCUGAGGUAGAGCAAAUGAAGCCUCUGCUUGAACGUAUUAACGAGGAGGCUCUUGCCGAGGCCCUCUCUCACGGUGUUGGCUACUACCAUGAGGCUCUUAGCCAGAGUGACAAGCGAAUUGUCAAGCAUCUCUACGACAAUGGCGCUAUCCAGGUGCUUGUUGCUUCACGCGAUGUUUGCUGGGAGCUCAACAGCACAGCUCAUCUCGUCAUCGUUAUGGGUACACAGUACUUUGAAGGUCGUGAGCAUCGAUAUGUUGACUAUCCUCUCAGUGAGGUGUUGCACAUGUUUGGUAAAGCUCUUCGACCGUCCAAGGAUGGCCGAGGCCGCGGUGUCCUUAUGCUGCCGCAAGUGAAGCGCGAGUACUACAAGAAGUUCCUCAACGAAGCCCUUCCUGUCGAGUCGCAUCUGCACAACUACUUGCACGAUGUCUUCGUGACGGAGAUCAGUACCAAGAUGAUUGAGUCGGGUGACGAUGCGAUCAACUGGACUACUUUCACCUACUUCUACCGAAGGCUGCUUGCCAACCCAAGUUAUUAUAGCUUGACAAGCACAACGCAUGAGGGUCUCAGCAACUACAUGUCUGACUUGGUUGAGACGACUCUCCGUGAGCUCAGCGAAUCCAAGAUCAUUGAGUUUGACGAGGAUGACGGCUCCGUGGCACCUCAAAACGCAGCCAUGAUUGCGGCAUACUACAAUAUUUCCUACAUCACGAUGCAGACUUUCUUGCUCUCUUUGAGUGCUCGCACGAAGCUCAAGGGCAUCAUGGAAAUUGUCACUUCCGCAACGGAGUUCGAGUCGAUCCAGAUUCGACGUCAUGAAGAUGGUCUAUUGCGACGCAUCUACGACCGAGUGCCUGUCAAGAUGUCUGAACCAGUUUAUGACUCCCCUCACUUCAAAUCUUUUGUCCUGCUCCAGUCUCACUUCUCCCGUAUGCAGCUGCCAAUUGAUCUUGCAAAGGAUCAGGAGGUCCUGUUAUCGAGGGUUUUGAGCCUUCUUAGUGCCAUGGUUGACAUUCUGUCCUCGGAGGGACAUCUCAACGCCAUGAGCGCUAUGGAGAUGUCACAGAUGAUUGUUCAGGGAAUGUGGGAUCGGGACAGCCCUCUUAAACAAAUUCCUCACUUCUCACCGGAGGUUGUCAAGGUGGCUAAUGAGUUUGGGUACGUACUGAGUAAUGAUUUGUUUGGACCGUCAGCUAACGUUAUUCGCAGAAUCAAGGAUAUCUUUGAUUUCAUGGAAGCCAUGAAUCCGGACGAGAAUGCCGAUUACAACAAGCUUGUUAAGCGACUUGGCUUGUCACAAAACCAAUUGGCACAGGCAGCAAACUUCACAAACGACAAGUACCCUGACCUGGAGCUUGAACAUGAGGUCCUAGACGAGGAUGAGAUCAGGGCAGGUGAACCGGCUUACCUGAACAUCAAGAUUGCUCGCAAUUUGGAUGAGGAAGACGGCGCUUAUGACUCUACCGUACACGCACCAUUCUACCCGUCCAAGAAGAUGGAGAACUGGUGGCUGGUUGUUGGUGAUGAGAAGACCAAGAGCCUCUUGGCCAUCAAGCGAGUGACAAUCGGGCGGGAACUAAACGUUCGCCUCGAGUACACUGUGCCAUCACCAGGUGAGCAUGAUCUGAAGCUGUUCCUAAUGAGUGAUAGUUAUGUUGGAGUCGACCAAGAGCGGGAGUUUUCGGUUACAGCAGCCGAGGGCAUGGACGUGGAUGACGAUGAAGAGGACGAGGACGAGGACGAGGACGAAGACGAGGAGUAGAAGCUCAAAGCUCACUCCGAAAUUACAAUUACCACGGCGAUUGCCAGCGAUGGCGUUGUA